CUGUUCAGCCAGCUCUACUGCAAGGCUGCAGGAUGGGGUGGGGGAUGAUCAGAACUCAGGACCACCUCAGUACAGGACCCAGGUUGCAGCUGGAGCAGCCUGUGGCCCUCUCCCCCACCCACCCCAGCUCUGGGAGGAAGCUGUCAGAUAAACAGUCUGUCAUUCUGCCCGCCCACCACCCGGGAGUUCCCUCACAUUCCACACCAGAUUGCCAGAAACCAGACUGCAGGCCUUCUGGAAAGACAGUGAGAAUGGGGGAGCUUCACCACCUGGGAAAAUGCCUGCAGGGGAUCUCCACUUCUGCCUUCUUUCUCCUGGGCUGUUGGGGAUUCCUCAGGGUCUCACAGGCCUUGGAGCCCCAGGAAGCAGCUUCUGACUUUGGCCCCAGUGCUACCUGGAAAGAAUCUUCGCUGUUGACCCAGCAGCCUGCCUCCCCGAGUCCUACCCCAUCCUCUGGCCUCCAGAGCCCGGCUGUCGGGGGCACCCUGCAUGUGGAGCUGCUGGUGGUCUCAGGUCCCGAUGUCCAUGAAGUUCACCAGGAGGACACGGAGCGUUACGUGCUCACCAACCUCAACAUGGGGUCAGAACUGCUGAGGGACCCUUCCCUGGGGGCUCAGUUCCGUGUGCACCUGGUGAAGAUGGUCAUCCUGACAGAGCCUGAGGAUGCUCCGAAUAUCACAGCCAACAUCACAGAGUCUCUGCUGAGCGUGUGUCGGUGGAGCAGGACAGUCAACCCCCAGGAUGACAGGGACCCUGGGCAUGCUGACCUGGUCCUCUACAUCACCAGGUUUGAUCUGGAGCUGCCUGAUGGCAACCGGCAGGUUCGGGGGGUCACCCAACUGGGCGGUGCCUGCUCCCCCUCCUGGAGCUGCCUCAUCACUGAGGAUACCGGCUUUGACCUGGGGGUCACGAUAGCCCAUGAGAUUGGGCACAGCCUGGGACUGGUGCACGACGGGGCAUCCCUGGCCAGCCGCUGCAGCCCCAGCGGCCAUGUGAUGGCGUCAGAUGGUGCGGCACCCACCCCUGGGGGCCUGCAGUGGUCGGAGUGCAGCCAGUGGCAGCUGCACAGUCUGCUCAGCGCAGGAAGGUUGCGCUGCAUGCGGGACCUGCCAGGGCAGCAGACUGGCCACACCCUUGAGGCGCACCCAGGCCUCUACUAUGGCGCAGACGAACAGUGCCGUGUGGCUUUCGGUCCUGCAGCCAGCGCCUGCACAUUCUCCAGGGAGAACCAGGACAUGUGCCAGGCUCUCUCCUGCCACACAGACCCCCUGGACCCCAGCAGCUGUAGCCGCCUCCUGAUUCCUCUCCUGGAUGGGACCGAGUGUGGUGUGGACAAGUGGUGCUCCAAGGGUCACUGCCGCUCCCUGGCAGAACUGCCCCAUGUUGGGGUGGUACACGGGCACUGGGCCAGCUGGGGUCGCCCCAGCCCGUGCUCCCGCUCCUGCGGAGGAGGUGUGAUCACCAGGAGGCGGCGCUGUAGCAAUCCCAGGCCUGCCUUUGGGGGACGUGCGUGCGUCGGUGCUGACUUUCGAGCUGAGAUAUGUAACACCCAGCCCUGUGAGAAGACCCAGCUGGAGUUCAUGGAUGAGCAGUGCGCGGAGACUGAUGGGAAGCCCCUUCACCUCUCCCCGGGCAGCCCCUCCUUCUACCGCUGGGCUGCAGCUGCGCAGUACAGCCAAGGGGAUGCUCUUUGCAGACACAUUUGCCGGGCUGUUGGCCAGAGUUUCAUUGUGAGGCGUGGGGACCGCUUCCUUGAUGGGACCCGUUGUGUGCCUGUUGGCGCCAAGCAGGAUGGGAGCCUGAGCCUGUGCGUGGCGGGCAGCUGCAGGAUGUUUGGCUGUGAUGGCAGAAUGGACUCCCAGAAAGUUCCAGAUGUGUGCCAGGUGUGUGGUGGGGACAACAGCUCUUGCAGUUUCCAGAAUGGCUCAUUCACCGCCGGAAGAGCCAAAGAGUAUGUCACCUUCCUGACGAUCACCCCCAACCUGACCAACAUACACAUUGUCAACCAGAGGCCUCUCUUCACACAUUUGGCGGUGAGGAUAGGAGGGCGUUAUGUCGUGGCCGGGAAUUCGAGCAUCUCCCCCAGCACCACCUAUCCCUCCCUCUUGGAGGACAGCUGCGUGGAGUACAAAGUCAGCCUCACUGAGGACCGGCUGCCCCGGCUGGAGGAGAUCCACAUCCGGGGACCCACCCAGGAACACAUGGAGAUCCAGGUCUACCGGCGCUAUGGCAAGGAGUUUGGUGACCUCACCAGUCCGGACAUCACCUUCACCUAUUUCCAGCCGAAGCAGUGGCAGGCCUGGACCUGGGCCGCAGUGCGGGGGGCCUGCUCAGUGAGCUGUGGGGCAGGGCAGCGCUGGGUGACCUAUCGCUGUCAGGACCAGGCCAGGAGCCAGUGGGUGGAGGCUGCCCUGUGCAGAGGGAGCCAGCAGCCAGCAGCGUGGCCUGAGCCCUGCACCUCUGAGCCCUGUCUGCCAAGUGCGGAAGUGUCAGGUGCAAACUCAUCGUCCUGUGGAGGGGACCUGGCCAAGAAGAAUAGGAUAUGUGUGCAGGAGAGAGAUGGCCUGGAGGCACUGGUGACCACUGAGCCCUGCUCCACAGACCAGAAGCUGCCCGGUCUAGAGCCCUGUACCAAGCAGGCAUGGCCUCUGGUCUCAGGCCAUAUGGAUCCCCAGGUUCCGGGGGAGGAGGCUGUGUCCCCAGCAGGCAGUGCCAGACCAGAGACACAAGCUGCACAUGUGUGGACACCCCUGCUGGGGCCGUGCUCUGUCUCAUGUGGUCGAGGCUUGAAGGAACUACGUUUCACAUGUGUGGACUCUGUCUUCGGAACCCCUGUCAAGGAAGGGCUGUGUGAGCUGGCCCAUAAGCCUGGGGCUCGGUGGGAAGUCUGCCAGGCUGCCCCUUGCCCAGCUCGGUGGCUCUACAAGCUGGCAGCCUGCAGCGUGAGCUGUGGGGGUGGGGUUGCCAGGAGGAUUCUGUACUGUGCCCGGACCCUCGGGAACCAGGAGGAGAUCCUGCCAGACACCCAGUGCCGGGGGCUGCCUCACCCUGAGCAGCAGGAGGCCUGCAGCCCGGAACCCUGCCCAACCAGAUGGAAAGUUAUGUCCCUUGGCCCAUGCUCAGCUAGCUGUGGCCUCGGCACUGCUGUGCGCUCAGUGGCCUGUGUGCGGCUUGACCGGGGCCAGGACGUGGAGGUGGAUGCGGAGAACUGCAUGGGCCUGAGGCUGCCACAGGCCAGCAUUCCCUGCAUGGUGGCCGACUGUACCUAUCGAUGGCAUGUUGGCACCUGGACACAGUGCUCCGUCUCCUGUGGGGAGGGCAUCCAGCGCCGGCGAGAUGUCUGCCUUGGACCCUGGGCCUGGAUGUCCAUGCCAGCCGACUUCUGCCAGCACUUGCCCAAGCCAGUGAUGGUGCGGGGCUGCUGGGCUGGGCCGUGCCCGGGACAGGGAAUGGCCAGCCCAGCACCCCACCAGGAAACCAUCUCUGGGGUCUCCCCAUUGUGGCCCCUACCCUGGGCCCAGUUCCUCUCUCCAACCAUCCAGUCUUGGGGGACCACAACCCAGGAAACGACGACAGAGUCCAGUGCCUGUGGCCGGCAGCACCUGGAGCCUACAGGCAUCAUUGACAUGCGGGGACAGGGGCCCGCUGACUGUAUGGUGGGCAUUGGGCGACCCCUGGGUGAGGAAGUGACUCUCCAAGUCCUCGAGAGCUCCCUCAACUGCAGCGCAGGGGACAUGCUGCUGCUGUGGGGCCGGCUCAUCUGGAGGAAGACAUGCCGGAGACUGGCUGGCCUGGCUUUCAGCUCCAGAGCCAACACACUGGUGGUGAGGCAGCAUCGGGUGCAGCCGGGAAUCGGAGUAGUGCUGCGAUACAGCAGUCGGCCUGCUUCCAGAACCCUCCACAGAGAGUGUGACAUGCAGCUCUUUGGACCCCGGGGUGAAAUCGUGAGUCCCUCAGUGAGUCCAGACAGUAAGAGUGCAGGCGGCUGCCGCAUCUUCAUCAGCGUAGCGCCAGGGGCACAGAUUGCCAUCCAUGCCCUGGCCACCCACAGGAACACUGGACCCGAGGGCACUGAUGCCAGUUACAUCUCAAUACGUGACAUCCACAGCCCGAAGACUACGACGUUCCGUGGGCAGCAGGCACUCUACUGGGAGUCACAGGGCAGCCAGGUGGAGAUGGAGUUCAGUCAAGGCUUCCUGGAGGCACGUGCCAGCCUUCAGGGCCAGUAUUGGAUUCUCCCCUCUGGAGUGCAGCAGCCUACGAGGAGCCUGCCCUAACUGCUUUCUAAGCACACCCCUAGUUGAUGCCGGAUCGCUGCCGGGGAUGCCCUUCCCAAUCCUGGAAGCAAAAGGAAGGAACUUGGCAUUUAUGAAUGAGGUGACCGGUAGCCCCCAGGGCUGAUUCUGAUGAUCUCUGCUUUCUGAAAGGUUUGCAAUUGAAUGCUCACAAUCUCAAGCAUGUCUCUUAGGGCCUCCUCCAACGUGCAAAUGGCUAGAGAAUGGGAGGCAGGACUCUGCGAAGGCAGCAUGCAGUACAAUAAAUGGAGCACGUUG